GAGAAGUUUAAAUUUUGCGACUGAAAAUGGGUUCCCUGAAAUUUUUAACGUCAGAACAGAAACAAUUCUGGAAGGAAAAUGGUUACAUCAAAUUGUCGAAUGUGUACUCUGUGAAGGAAAUGAAUGAAAUAUCGGACGCCUAUGAUGAGCUAUUCGAAAGGAAACGUCGUGAAAAUCUACCUUUGGAGGCAAGAUGGGCCGGAGAAGCUAUGAAAAAAGAGGCUGGAAAUAUUGACUAUUCCGUAAGAUCUAUCCACGCUCUGCAAAUGCACAGCGGCGUUUUCACUCGGGCUAUUACGCACCCAAAUCUGUUGGACGCUCUCGAGGAUGUCAUGGACACUAAGGACAUAUUGCUGCAUCACACUAAGGCGCAUAUGAAGCCGCCGGAGAAGGGAGCGCCUUACCUGAUGCAUCAAGACUAUCAUUAUUUUCCCCACAAGAAGCACACCAUGCUGGCUGUGUUUCUACAUUUGGACGACACAACGCCGGAAAAUGGUGGCUUGGCGGUAUAUCCCGGCAGUCAUAAACUGGGACCAUUGGAGGAUCACGGUGACCGAACGGUGACCGAUAAGAUGGGUGAGCAGUUUCAUUACGCCGAUCCCGAAAAAUACCCUUUGUCCAAAGCCGUUCCCGUGCACGCCAAAAAGGGUGAAGUCAUCAUCUUCUCCUACCUGCUGCUGCACGGUUCGUAUCUGAACUUGUCCACCAGAAGUCGACGCAUGUUUCUCAUACAAGUGAGAGCCGCCGACGACGAGCCGAUCGAGGACGUGCACACAUCCGCUUGUCAAGGCAUGGUGCUUCGCGGUAAAAAUAUUUACAGAGACGCAUCGUACGAAAACAGAUAUCUCCAUUAAUCUAACCCGGCGAAUCUAACAUAAGCGAAUAUUUACUCUUUUUAAAAUCUGUUUGAUUGAAUGAAGAAUGAUCUGUAUCGACUCUAUUUUUAAAUCUGAUUGAUUGAAUGAAGAAAUGUUUUUGACUAAA